UUCAGCUCAAUGCCCCAAGGUGACUUUCUCCCUUUGAGGCCGACGGGCCAGGCCCUCCUUGGCCGCUUGGGACAUGAUAACCCCGGAUAUUCCCAAAUCUUGGCUAUCGUCAGAUUUUGCUUGCAUCGCCAACUGCGGGAGCGCGUCCUGGCUCUGGACUUGCUCUAGAGGAUUAACUCUAGCCAUUCGUUUUCGCGGAUCGCUGCGGCUCCCGUCAUGUCUCUCUUUCAUCUCUCCACGCCUGCAAUUUUGGCAGCAUGCCUUCUGCUCUCGGCCACCAACGCAGCCCAGUUAUUUGAUCCUCGACAAGUCGCAUCGAGUGCUCCGGAUUGCACAGUCUCCGGAGUCAACGGGACCACCUUCCAUGCCACCCAGAGCGACUUCGACAUCCUCUGCGAUUAUGACUAUGCCGGCGGCGACUACAAGGCCAUCUCUGCCGCCACCUUCCGCGACUGCAUCGACGCGUGCGACCUCGAGGACAAAUGCGCCGACGUUUCGUACGGGGCCGGCAACCAAGCGUGCUACAUGAAGACCCAGUUGAACACCCUCGCCAAGAACGGCGGCAUCUGGACAGCACGCAAGAAGGCGGACUCGACUACCGCCACCGUCAGUUGCUCCGACCCUGCCAACAACAAUACCGUCUUCGCGGCGGCCGAAAAUUCUUUCCUGAUCCUUUGCGGUAUUGAUUAUGCCGGGGGCGACCUGGCUGCCGUACACGCUGCGACAUUUGACGCUUGUAUCGCGGCCUGCGAUACGGAUGAGCGUUGUGUUGAUGUUUCUUAUGCCUCGGGCUCCCAGACUUGUUACAUGAAGGGCGACACAACGACAGCAUCGGCAGCAAAUGGCAUCUGGACCGCUCGCAAGAAUGUCGACCCGGCGUCCAUCAUCACCUGCCAGGGCAAUGCAAGCAACAAUACCGUCUACAAGUCAGCCAACAGCUCGUUCCUUGUUCUCUGUGGUGUCGACUACGGCGGGGGCGACAUGGCUGCCUCGAGUCAACCGACGUUUAGGCAGUGUAUGGAUCUGUGCGAUGCCACCCAGGGUUGCGUCGACGUGUCCUAUGUCGGAUCUGCCUGCUAUUUGAAGGACAGGAUCACGUCUGCAAACGCUGCCGCCGGGAUCUGGACGGGCAGGAAGACCUCGACCAAACCCUCAAAUCCGCCGCUCAGUUGUGAGAAUGGCCAGAACAAUGGCACCAUCUUCACGACGCCCGCAGGGAACGAGUACGACAUCCUCUGCCAGGUUGACUACGGUGGAGGUGACCUGAGAAUGGUGCCUGUCAGCAAUUUCGAGGCCUGCCUCGACGCUUGUGACGCCGAACCGGCAUGUGUCGAUGUUUCCUUCUCGGGCGGUGCUUGCUACAUGAAAGACCGGCUGAAUUCACCGUCAUCGUCGCCCUGGGUCUGGACUGGGCGAUACCGGGGGAAGGCAGGUCAGUCUGAUCCGUCGCCUACCGCAUCCGCCAGUCAGUCUUCGAUCUCUUCGGUACCUUCUGAGACAGCCUGCGCCACUGCAGGCCCUUCCACGUUUCUGCCUUCUCAGGAUGCGGAUGUUGAUAGAUCUUCCAUGGAUCGAUUGGCCCUCGUUUCGCAGCUUGUCCUCAAUUAUGCAGAAGAGUCCGGAGACCGCGUCGCGCAGCUGGAAGUCGACUUGUCGAAACAGGCAAUCAUGAUUGAGAACACCAACCGAAUCGCAGAAGUCCAUUGCAACGCCUCUGAAGUGACUCUCUCCUUUUCGUCGAGCUCCGACCUCACUGCAGCUCUCGACCAAUGGCCGGAAUCCGGAUUCGUCCUCGUCACCCACGCAGCAGGGUGCAACAGUGACACGGCGAGAGGUUUCUGGGAGGUUCAAGGUGUGCAGACCUCAGCGUCAGAUGCAACGACCAUUACUUUUGCCGCAGCGGAGCGCAACAUGACCCAGAUUGCAACCAAGUUGACCAUCCUUUAUGGAACUGUCGAAAGCGGCAUUGAGACGUUCACGUCGACCGUGUCUGGCUUACCGACGGAGCCCACCUUCCCAGCUGCUACCGCCUGCUUGCCCGUUUCGAGCUCUGCUUCAGCUUCACCCUCCUCAGACAGCACAUCGUCACCAUCACCCUCUGAGCCAACUCCAUCCUCAACUGACCGGCCUCUCCCAACCAGCUUGGCAGACCUGACUCCAGCCGCGAGAGAGCUAUACGACUUUUUGAUGGCGAACAUCCAGUUGGAUGCCAAUGGAAACCUCGACUACCACGUCCCCAGCCAAAACACAACCCAGAUCCAAGUUGCGCCGUAUGACCCAGAUGAUCUCAGCAAGCAAGAACAGCUCGAGAAUGUCUUUCAAACCCUCGGCCUUUCGCCACCUUCCGCCCUUGCAUCCGAGGCUUCCUCCGGAUUGAACGGUGUCUGCGACGCUCCCACGACUGUGGCCAAGAGAAGUCUGGGUGGCCACCCCUUGACUCGAACGCCGCGGGAGAGUGGUGCCAGGGCCCGUGUUCGACGAGCCCGCAACUACGCCCGGGAGAUGGCCAGAAUGCUGAAAGCUCGCGACGACAACAAAGGUUGGUCAACUUCGUGCGACGACAUGGUCACCGGGAUUCUGGGAACAUUCACCGACCUUGGAGGCAAGACCCUUCAAGCCGUGUGCGGUGGAAAGUCUCUUGCCGACAACCGAGAUGCCUUCAAAUGCCUGUUUGGCGGGUGUCAGACUCCCCAGUAUGUCGUGACACAGGAGACCACGUACGACUUUACCUACGAAUGGCAGCUCAACUUCCCGUCGGUUGCUAGCUGGCUCACCAAGGUGGGAGACAACAGGGUUCUCUCCUGCGUGAACUGUGGUUUCUCGAUUUCGAGCAUCACCUUCGGUGGCAAGAUCAUCGUCAAUGUCAAGGAGGGCGACCUCAGCAUACAGUCUGCCGAGGUGACGCCGGGCAUUUCGGGAGUGGCCAACAUGGUUGUGAGGCUCCAGUCGGACGCAGACUGGAGUGGCAGCUGGAGUUACAUCUUCGACUCUGUGGACCUCGGUUCCAUUGCCGUCGACAGCGCAUUUAGCAUCAAACCGACUGUCCUCUAUGGGAUCGGCGCUGACUUUUCGACCGACUCGGCCGUCGACGUCACGGCUGGAGCGCAGUUUUCCCUGAGCAACGCGGCCGCGACAUUGGACCUCUUGACCAACACGGUCAAGUCGAGCCAGAACUGGAAGCCUGCCGUGUCAUUCACUCUCCCGGCCUUCAAAACGGGAGCGUCUGUUAGUAUCACGCCGUACAUGAGGUGGGCUGUUCAGCUCGAGGUCGAUCUGUACGGCAUGAUCAACAUUGCCCCCUCGAUCACCUCGCAAACCGUUGUCGGCCUCAAGUCCACGUACUCGUUUACCGCUGGGACUUACAACUGCCCCGCCAACACUCUGGCGGUGAAUACUUACGUCAACUCCAUGAGCGGCAUUUCUCCUGGUGACGGGUCUGUCUUGUCGCUGUACAACGGUCAGAGUGCCAGCGUCGGCCAGUGCUUCGGUGUCCCUGCUGUGGCUCCCUCUCCAGAUGAGAUGCAAACACUCCAGGCUGUCGGCGGCCCAUUCUGCACAUCCUAUAUCAACUACCAAGUCCCGACAACGACAUCUGUCUCAACCAGAACCGUCGUAGUGCCAAGCAGCACCGUCACAAGCUGGACCACGACCCAGGUUUCGACCACCAAGACCGUGACUGAGACGAUCAACAUCAGCUACGAAACCUGGCUCACAAGCACCCUGGCCGCUACUACCAUCACGGUGACAGCAAGCGGCAAGUCAGCGACCUUCCCGUCGCAACACUUCAAGCGGGAGGACCUGGCAGAGCCCACUCCGGCCCCGGCUCCUGCUCCAGUUGAGAGACGAGCCAUCGCAACACCAGCCGUGGCGGCUGGGUGGGACGCCACCAAGAUGUCGUACGCGUGCAAGCAAAUUGCCACGGGCAAAUCCACCGUCUCGUCCACGGUCACCCUCACCACUUCGUCCGGCAUCACCACCACAACGGCCACCAUCACCAGCAACCAGUACGGCCCGCUCGUGACGCAGAGGACGAGCACGACAUGGACCAAGGACAUGGGCGUCACCACUGUCAGGACGGCCGGGACAGUCACGGAGACGGUUCUCCCUCCAUCAUCGACCAACUCCUGUUUCAAGAUCAAAGCCCGCAACCUACCCUGGGCCGAAGGCAGGUACCUCCGCUACGCGAUCGGCAUAGCCAUCGGCCUCGACACGAUGUACUACAACGGGAGCGUGUUCUACCUAACCGACACAGGCAAGCUAGUCGGAUACGACUGGGACCUCCCCAGCUUCAUGGGCACGCUGCAGGUCUACCUCACCCCCCUCGACGGGCGAGUGCAGAUGUACGACACUUCCUACGUGGACUUAUUCGCGUCCAUCGGGAGUGACGCCUACAAGUACGUGUACGCCACGUGCAGGAAGGACGCCGACCCGUGCUCCAAGGGCCUGACUUGUACGCUGGGGAGCUAUCCGUACAUGAGUCUGCCCGAGCCGCUGUAUAUGCCUCUUGGGGUUCUGGGGCAAACGCCUGGCGGCUCACCGGCUUGGGGAAACAUUAGAUGGGGCUUGCCGACGGAUCCAGAGUAUACGUAUCAUCCGUUGACUCUCGAGUAUGAGGACGUGCCGUGCCCAGCCAAGUAAGGUAGAUGCGAGGAGCAGGUUCCUUCCUUUCUUUUUAUUCAGCUUCAGGGUGGUAUAGAGUAGC